AUGCCGGAGCCCCCGGUGAAUUGGCCCAGGUUCGGCCCCUUUGCUCAAAUUCCACCCCUUGCUUCUGUGAAGCCGGGCUCCCUGAACGCCUGGGCGAUGCCUCGCGGCUCUGGGGCGACGACCUUGGCGAAGAUCUUCCUCCGCAUUGUCGAUGCGCCGGCACGGGUGAAGAUCGAUGGGGAACAUGUGGAGCAAUAUGAGCAGGAGACCUUGAACUUUGCCAUUCAUGUUAUUGAUCAUGCGCCGCUUCCCUCCAGCGUUGCCAGAACCCCUGGACAAGGCCACACUCUUGCAGAAUAUGUUCAGCUUGAUUUGGAGGAUGUUGGCACACCAUUAGAUGCAUGCUUGCAUCAAGCAGGGAUUUGGGAUCAGGUUGCAAAUAUCCCACAUGGCAUUGAAUGUACAGAGUGGAGCUCUUACAUGACAAAGCCUGAAGCCUUUCGCGUCCAGUUGGCUCGCGCUAUCUUCCGCGCUUCGUUGGGAACCAUCCGGAUGCUAAUGGUGCUGGACCCGCUGCGACAUUGCAACGCUUCGGAAAUUGAUGAAACGAGGCGUUCGUGGAUUCAAGCCCUUCGCCCACUGAUGAAAGACACCCUGGUGCUGAUCAUAGACCAGACAUCAGAUCCGCGCAAAUGGGCUGACUAG